AUGUCCCUUUUCCACAGCGCGCUGCACCUCAAGCCGGUCUACGAGGAAGCGAUCAAUGGCCGCGGAUUCUUCUUUGGUCCGAGCGACUUGCUGAAGCUCUUCAAGGGCGGCAAGCCAACAAUUCGCAAAGAGGACUACUCUUCCUUGCCCACACGGUGGUGCAUCAUCGAUGAGAGAGUGAUCGAUUUGGACCUACUUGCCAGUGGUGCCGCUGAGGAACACCCGGGCGGUCAGGCUGCGCUCAAGCUCGCUGAGGGCCGUGACGCAACGAUGCUCUUCAGGUCAACCCAUGCGCUGGCCCGUAAGGAGAUGCUAUCGUACUGGCUGAAGAAAUGCACGGUUGGCAGCCUCGCCGAGUUCCCGGAGGCUUCAAAGGCGCUCGCCGCCUCCGGCGCCGAAGGCAGCUUCAGCCCCACCGACUCGCCUUUCGCGGCCGAGCUCACCGGCGCAGCGCGCGCCUACUUCGAGCGUUUGGCGGCGGAGCGGGGCGUGACAGUUCGCCAAGCUUUGAAGGCUCCCUUAUGGAAGUGGGCACUCAUCGCCUUCUUAUGGGCAGUCUACAUCUUCUCCUUCUACCACUGGAUUCAGGGAGCCUACUUGGGGCUGCUGCUCCUCCCCUGGGUAGGCGCCCUCGCCACCUUUCACACCUUCCACGACGCGUCCCACGGAGCCCUCUCCACGAAAGCUUGGGUGAAUGAGCUCCUAACCUUUUCGGGCUUCCUUAUCGGUGCGCCCCACGAAUGGUACUGGCAACACGUUGCGUGCCACCAUGUGUGGACCAACAUCGCGGAUGCGGAUCCGGAUGCGAAGCACGUGCGCCGCUGGGUUCGGCCUGGCAAGUUCCCGCCACCACUGGCUGUAGUGCCGGUGCUUUGGGCCAUAGCCGUGCCUAUCGGUUUGCAGGUGCUGUACUCGUAUCGCUACCUGAAUGCAGCCUUCGGACUGUCUUUGAAGAAGGAUGUUCCUCCGGAGGUCACAGGCACAUCGCUCCUGGCCUUGGUACUCCAGCGCCUGAUUUUCUAUGUCUGGCCAGUUUGGCGGUUCGGAUUCUCAGGCGUCUUCUGGGCCGCCUACCCCGCCGCCGUGUUCUCCUUGCUCUUCAUGCUGAACACUCAGCUGGCACACUUGAACCACACCACGGAUGGUGAAGCUGAUGAUGUCGCCUCAGAGUGUUGGUACAAGCAUCAGCUGACGCACAGCGUCGACUUCGCAGUGAGGUCGCCUCUCCACUGGUUCAUGUCAGGAGGCCUGAACCUACAAUCUGUACAUCAUUGCUUUCCCACAGUGGACCACAGCCACUUGCCUCAGCUGCGGAGGGUGAUGCUCAAGGUCUGCCACAAGCAUGGAGUACAGAUGCACACCUUCGACAGCUACAGCAUGGGCGUGGUCUCUCACCUUCAGCACCUGGCGACCGGUGCCUCCGAGCGGCCGAUGGCCCAGCAGGUGCCCAGCUCCCAGGCCGCCCUCUCCGCGCACGACGCAAGCGUCGGAGUUCCGGGCGAGGGGGCCGCCAAGCCCGCGUCCGGAAUGCCCAACGGCGCCCAGGCCACACCCAACGGACACGACCAGGCCGGCAAGGCCUCCGCCGGCACUGCGGGCGAGUCGGCCGAGGGCAAGCCGCGAGUUUGCGUAGUCGGCUCAGGCAUCGCUGGGAAUGCUGCCGCCUACAUGCUACGGCACGAGUAUGACGUGGUGCUCUGCGAGAAGGACGACCGGCCUGGAGGUCACGCGCACACCAUCGCAGCGGGGUCGGAAAAGCAGAGGGUGGACAUCGGCUUUCAGGUCUUCAACUUCAGCAACUACCCCUUGCUGUCGAAGCUCUUCGAUGAGCUGGGGGUCGAGACUAUCCAGUCGGAUAUGUCUUUGUCCGUGGCCGCCCGAGGCGUGACCGACGUCCAGGAUUUCGAGUGGUCUUCAAAGUCCCUGUUUCCGACAUGGUCGGACGUCUUCAGCUUGCGUGGUUGGAGGCGGCUGUAUGAGAUUCUAUGCUUUGAGCGUGCUGCUCAUGCUGCUCUCCAUGUGCAUCCUGAGACCCUGGGAGAUCAGACCAUGAAGUCCUGGCUGCUAAGCCAAGGCUUCAGCCAGCAGCUCAUCGAUGAGUACAUCGCACCGAUGGGCGCCGCCCUCUGGAGCUGUUCCAUGGAUGAGUGUACGGCAUUCCCGGCCUGCAUCGUGCUCGGCUUUCUGGACAACCACUUCAUGCUCCAAAGGGCUCGGCCCAAGUGGAGGACUCCGAAGUACCGAGCUGAGGACUACGUGCGGAAGCUGCACGCGGCUCUAGCCGCCGCGGGAGGGCAGGUCUGUUCUGGCACGGACGUCGCCAAGUUGGAGCUCGCGCCUGAGGGCCGCGGCAUCCGCGUCGUGACGUCCAACGGCCAGUACGUUUCCGCCGCCAGCCCCGUCUUCGACAAGGUGGUCCUUGCGGUGCACGCAGACCAGGCGAGCAUCAUCUUGGCGAAGUCGAACCUGUCGGGCGAGGACCGGAAGCUCUGCGAGGAGACCAUCGACAACUUCAAGUACUCAUCCAACGCAGUGUACAUCCACACCGAUCCCAAGUACAUGCCCAAGAAGAAGGCAUGCUGGAGCGCGUGGAAUGGCUUGAACCUCCCUGGAGCCCCGGCGGUCGUCACGUACUGGAUCAACAAGCUCCAGCCUGGAGCUUGCACCGAGGGUAAGGAUGUCUUCGUGACACUGAACCCGCCUGAGGGAUCCAUUGACCAGACGCUGGUGCUGGCAAAGUACACCUUGGACCACCCACUCUUGGAUGAGAAGGCCCUCAUAGUUCAGAGGGCACUGCCGCGAUUGCAGGGACUUGGAGGACGGAUCUACUUUUGUGGCGCUUGGGCCGGGUGGGGAUUCCACGAGGACGGGAUGCGCAGCGCCCGCGCGGCCUGCCAAGCCAUGGGCGUGGACAUGACCGCCUGGCCCGCUGGUCGGCGGCCGUUGGCCUCCAUGUCCUGGGCGGCCAAGAAGCUUUGGGACCUGGCCCUCCUUCCAGGGCUGCAGCAGAUGAUCUCGAAGGGCGUUCUGCGGGUCGUCUUCGGCGAUGGCGGAGAGAGCAUCCUCGGCGACGGGAAGGGGACAGCUGUUGAGCUUCGCGUGCGCAGCGAGCGCUUCUUGUGGAGGAGCAUGCUCGAUCCUGGCAUGGCCCUGGCCAACGCGUUCGAAGCGGGGGAGAUCGAGGUCCGCCCCGACAUCGCCAACCUCUUCCAGCUGAUGUUGGAGAACAAGCCCAAGGGAGACAACAGGUACUCGCCAAUGUCAUGGUCGCCCGUGCGGUUCCUCUCGCCUCUUGCCAAACGGUACCAGGCCAUGAUGCAUGCUUCCCGCGCCAACAGCACCACCGGCUCCGAGAAGAAUAUCGAGGCACAUUACGACCUGUCGAACCAGAUGUUCAGCCUCUUCCUCAGCAAUGACAUGACCUACUCCUCCGGCAUCUUCGACAAGGACGUCCAGGCGCUACAGGCCUCUGCUCCGCUCCCAGAGCGGCUCCCCGGUGGGGAGGACUUCCUUGAGCUUGCGCAGCGCAGGAAGAUGGAUCGCCUGCUUGACCUCAUCGAGCUCGAGCCCGGAGAUCAGGUUCUGGAAGUCGGGGGCGGCUGGGGCAGCCUUGCCAUCAGGGCCGCACAGCGCUGCCCGGAAUUGGCCGGCUGGACCGCCAUCACACUUUCAAGGCAACAAUUGGAGCUGGCCAACCAGCGUGUCGCGGAGGCAGGUGUGGGGGACAAGGUCAGCGUGAUCUUCUGUGACUACCGGGACGUGGUAGGCCGCUUCGGAGCUGGAUACUUCUCGAAGGCGGUGAGCGUUGAGAUGAUCGAGGCCGUUGGCCACGAGUACUUGCCGGUUUACUUCGGUGCGCUGGACCAGUGCCUGAAGCCUGGAGGCAAGCUGGCCAUCCAGGCCAUUUGCGUGCCAGAUGAGCGCUACGAGUCAUACAGGAAUGGAUCCGACUUCAUCCGCGAAAAGAUUUUCCCGGGCUCGCACUUGCCAUGCCUGGCUGAGAUCCACCGCUCUUGCUACCAGCUCUCUUUGCGGGAGUGUGCAGCUCCCUUCUCGCUGGGCCUGUCGUACGCAGCAACUCUCAAAGAGUGGAGGCGGCGAUUCACCGUGAACGAGCCUCAGAUCAGGCAACUGGUGAGCAGCCGUAGUGGUGAGGGCUUUGACGACUCCUUUGUCCGGCGGUGGAACUAUUACUUUGCGUACUGUGAGACUGGCUUCCGUGAGAAGCACAUCGACGUUUGGCAGCUCUGCUUCCUCAAGGACGUUUCCCUGGCAGAGCGGGUCACGGGCUUGGAGUUAGAAGUCGUUCCUGGGAGAUGUGGCUAA